AUGCAAGAACAAAGUUACGAUGAUAUCAUUUCCAAAUGGAAUUCCGGAAAUGAUAUUAUCAAAAUGUUGCUUACUGAUAAAAUUCAAGAUUUAAAGGAACAAAUUGAAAUGUUAGAAAUGGGACAAAGACAUUUAAGUGCUGGAAAUAUUGCAUGUGCAAAUCAAAUGAGAGAUCGAAAGCAAUUUGUAGAACAAAUGAUUGCUUUACUAGAAUAUAAAGAAAUUAUCGCCAAUACGCAAAUUCCGGAAAUUAGCUAUUCGCUUGCAUCCGGAACAAAUGGUGCUAUAAAAUUAAAUGGAAAGGAACUUACACUUUUGAAUUUGCUACAUUUGCUAAUAAAUCCGACGAUAAAUUUCAAAGAAAAUAACAAAAUUCGUAGUAGGAAAUUAAAAAUUGCUUUGGAAAAUGGAAUAAAAGUGAUAAAAGAUUCAUCAUUUCGGAUUAUUGGUCAUUAUACAGGUCAUGACAUCAAAUGCUUGCUUGACCGUGUUCGAAAUUGUCAACUAUUAGCCAAUAUGCCAUCUUGGUUGGAAAAUAUGAUUGUCAUUCAACAAAUGUCAUUUAUAGCACCAGCACGAGCUGUUACUAAUUCUGCUUCAUGUUUUGCUAUUGGUAGUAGUAGCAGUAGUAGCAAAUCGAAUUGUAGUUCCAUUGACACAGAUAGCAAUGUUGAUCAAAUUGAUAAAUAUUCUGAUACAAUGAAUUUUACAGAUGAAAAUUAUAAAAUUACUAAAAAGCCAAAUUAUUGCAAUGAUAAUGAAAUAUUAAAAGCUAACAGUGAAUCGUUAUCAACAAAUAGUGGACAACAAAUGACAACAAUUAAUAGUACGUUUGAAGUAAAUAUUAUAUCAAUGGAGAAUCAGUGCUCUGAUAUGAUAUCAUCAGAUCCAGCAGUUGAAAUUAAAAUAUUUAAACCAUUUGAUAAAGUCGAGGAGCUGCUUCGAAAAAGGCAAAAUAGUCAGAAGAAGCGAUAUCUGCAACUAAUGCGCUGGAGACAAGAAUUGAAAUCAGGAAAUGCACUUGUUGAGCAUUAUGUGCGUACUGAUUACAAAUUAAUUGAAGCAAAAGCUCAAUUAGAUUUAUUGAAUGAAUUAGUUGAUACAUUUUAUGAUGAUAUGAUAAGAUUGAAGGAAGUGAUAGUGGAACAAAGAGAGAAUGAUCAGAAAGAAUUUACAAAAAGAAUGGUGGAUAUUAUACAGUACAAAGAGAUUGUCAAAUGGUUACAACAACCAAAAAUAAGAGAAGCUUUUUGUGAUGGAACUAAUAAAGCUAAGGUAUUGAAUGAGGAAGAAAUGUUACUUUUGAAAUCAUUACGUGAAGUGAUUAAUCCAAGAAUAAGUUCGUAUAAUUAUGAAAAAAUUUGGAAACGUGUACUACGUGAUGCUGCUAAAUUAGGCAUGAAAUUAGACAGUGAUGAAGAUGAAAGAGCUAUUGGUAUAAUUAUUAAAUUGAAUUUAUUAAAGUGA